ACCAGUAAUCAUUUCGUUUGUGAUUUUGUUUCUACUGAGACUCGAUUAGCCUAGCUUCAAUUCUAUUCAGAUUAAUCAAUGGAUUCUCAGAUGCUUGUGGCGCUUGGACUAUCCCUUGUUGGGGGAUUAAGUACUUCUUUAGGUGCGCUUUUCGUAGUUCUUAGUGAGACUCCCAAUAUGAAGAUGCUUGGACUUCUACAGGGUUUUGCGGCAGGUCUGAUGUUGAGCAUAUCGUUCCUGGAUUUGGCUCAUAAUGCUAUAAACUCUAUUGGGUUCUUAAAAGCCAAUCUCUGGUUUUUCGGUGGUGUGAUAUUCUUUGCGUGUAUUGCCAAAUUCAUACCCGAACCAACAGUUGGUCCUUCUACUGACGUGAAAAGAAGAAAGAAAAGUGGAGACGAGGGAGGUAAAGACACGAUGAAGAAGCAUCGCAAGCAAGUCUUAUAUAGUGGACUUAUUACAGCUAUAGGCAUAAGCUUGCACAAUUUUCCAGAAGGGAUGGCGGUAUUUCUCGGAUCAAUUAAGGGCAUGCGAGUUGGUGUUAAUCUGGCUUUGGCCAUCGCUUUACACAACAUUCCUGAGGGUGUUGCAGUUGCACUUCCUAUUUAUUUUGCAACAGAGAGCAAAUGGCAGGCAUUUAAGUUGGCAACACUCUCUGGUUUAGCUGAGCCUCUAGGUGUAAUUAUUGUGGCCUAUCUUUUCCCAAGAAGCUUAAGUCCAGAAAUCCUUGAAGGUUUGCUGGGAGCAGUUGGUGGGAUCAUGGCUUUCCUAACGUUGCAUGAAAUGCUUCCUUUGGCAUUUGAUUAUGCGGGACAGAAACAAGCUGUGAAGGCUGUGUUUUUUGGCAUGGCAUGUAUGUCUGCGAGUCUUUACUUUCUGGAGCUGAGUUUACCUGAUACAAUGAGCUUGUAAGGUUAAUGAUGUCAUGUGCAAUAAUUGCCUCCCCAAAGAGUAAAACAGUCUCUGGAGUGAAGUAGUCUCUUUGUAUCUGUAAAGACUGAAAUCUGUAAACAAUGACUAUUCAUUUUUAAUUCAAAGGAAUAAUCUCUUUAACAUAUU